UUCCGCCGGGCGGGUAUAUAGAGGCGGCGGCGGGGCGGGCGCGGCGGGCCAUGGGCAAGGACUACUACCAGACGCUGGGCCUGGCCCGCGGCGCGUCGGACGAGGAGAUCAAGCGCGCCUACCGCCGCCAGGCGCUGCGCUACCACCCCGACAAGAACAAGGAGCCGGGCGCCGAGGAGAAGUUCAAGGAGAUCGCCGAGGCCUACGACGUGCUGAGCGACCCGCGCAAGCGCGACAUCUUCGACCGCUAUGGCGAGGAGGGCCUCAAGGGCGGCGGCCCGGCCGGGGGCGGGGGCGCGGGCGCCCCCGGGGGCUCGUUCAGCUACACCUUCCACGGGGACCCCCACGCCAUAUUCGCCGAGUUCUUCGGGGGCCGCAACCCCUUCGACAGCUUCUUCGGGCCGCGGGAGGGCGAGGACGACGCGGACGAGACCUUCCCCUCCUUCCCCGCGGGCGGCCUGGGCGGCCUGGGCGGCCUGGGGGGCUUCGGGCGCUUCGGGCGCGCGCGACCCGGCCCCGAGCCGCCCCGGCAGCGGCAGCCGCGGCAGGACCCGCCGGUGACGCGCGACCUGCGGGUGUCCCUGGAGGAGGUGUACAGCGGCUGCACCAAGAAGAUGAAGAUCUCACACACGCGCCUGGCGCCCGACGGCCGCGGCCUGCGCAGCGAGGACAAGAUCCUGACCAUCGAGGUGAAGCGCGGCUGGAAGGCGGGUACCAAGAUCACCUUCCCCGGCGAGGGCGACCAGACGCCCGGCAACAUCCCGGCCGACGUGGUGUUUGUGCUCAGGGACAAGCCGCACAGCGUGUUCCGCAGGGACGGCUCCGACGUGGUGUACCCGGCCCGCGUCAGCCUGCGGGAGGCGCUGUGCGGCUGCACGGUCAACGUGCCCACGCUGGACGGCAGGAGCAUCCCGGUGGUGUUCAAGGACGUGAUCCGGCCCGGCAUGCGCCGCAAGAUCCCGGGGGAGGGGCUGCCGCUGCCCAAGACGCCCGAGAAGCGCGGCGACCUGGUGAUCGAGUUCGAGGUGCUGUUUCCCGAGCGCCUCCCGCAGGCGUCCCGCAGCGCACUGGAGCAGGUGCUGCCCCUCUAGCCCCCGGCCCCGCGCCCGCCCGCCCUCCCCGGACUCCUCCCUGCCGGCAGGGGCCAGGGCGCUGCCAACCCCACCCCAAAGGACAGGACGGCCCGGGCCCUGGCCUAGCGGUCACUCGGCCCCUUCUUCCAGGCAGCCUUCCCGGGUGGCCCUGGGCUCACGCCUCCUGGACUCUGGACUCUCUGGGGCUCUGCCCCCGGGCACAGCUGGAUCUGGGGACCCUUUGGGGGGGGGGGUCCUCUCCCGGCCCUUCGGAUUGGCCCUCGGGCCUGGGGUCCUGGGAUCAGGAGCCGUGGAGGCCCGGGGUGGGGGGGACCGACCCGGCCCUUGGAGAGACCAAAGCAGGCCGCCCAGCGCCUGCGACAUUAAAGGUGAUGUGGUGGAA